GGAGCAAGCACAGCGAGCCACUCGGAGAGUUUUUGCCGCUGUCCCAGAGCCACCCAGGCCGGCUUCGCGGCGCUACCCCGCGGAGGCAGAGGAGGCUGCUGCAGAGCAGAGGCGGCGGCGGCGAGCAGGCGUGGGGCCAGCAGCGAGCGGCACUGCUGGGGAGCGCACCCUGCCGUGGUCCGGGAGCCACGCGAACUCCGUGCCCGCGCGCGCCAGCCCCGGCUCGCGCCUUUCUCAGCGUCCCGGGUGCCCGGCCUCUCCGCCCAGCUUCGGCUCUUCAGGGCCGCUGCAGACCGAGUUGCAGCAUGAAUCUGCGACUCUGCGUGCAGGCGCUGCUGCUGCUCUGGCUCUCCUUGACUUCUGUGUGUGGAGUGCCACUGAUGCUGCCUCCAGAUGGGGAAGGGCUAGAAGAAGGCAACAUGCGCUACCUGGUGCAGCCCAGAGCUUCGAGGACUGGACCAGGGCCCUGGCAGGGAGGCAGGAGGAAAUUCCGCAGACAGCGCCCCCGUCUCUCCCAUAAGGGCCCCAUGCCUUUCUGAAACAGGAUUGAAAGGCUCUCCAAGUGCUCGCCCGUCUGGUGCCGUUCUCUCUACUCCACAGAUUCGUUCUGUUCUCUGGAACUUUCACGUCUUGCACCUGUUCUAGCUGCUGAUGGUCCCAGCUCUUCUCACCCACCAAGUUCCUCUAGUGGCAUGGUCCUGCUCCUCAUUUGGAUGACUCAGUUUCUCUCACAAGGAUCCAUUUGGCCCAUCUUCCUGGCCACUCCUUGGACUGCCAUUGGAGACCCACUUCUCCUCAGCCUGCUCCAUGUUCUAGUCCCUAUCCUUGGCCUUAGCCUUCACUUGGCCCUUCCCUCUUCUCAUUAUCUUGGGAACUGGACAGGAACACUCCCUUCUUCAAGGGAUUCCUUCAUUCCUUCCAAACACAUUCACACUUUCUUAUCAAUUGGACUUCUCAUGUAGAACGGAGUACAGAGAUGUUCAAUAAGAGACUUUGGUUGAGAGGGAUUGGGUGUUGGGAUCCAGAGAAGGCGCACUGGGGACACCGAAAUGUGGGCAUGGUGCAGGGCUGAGGAGAAUAGCUGCCGGGGCCUCUUUCUCAGCUCUCUCUGGCCCUGUCAAGGAAGAGGCAAAGAAGAGGGGCCCGUGAAGAAUUUGUCACCGUCUUCUCCCAUCCUCAUCCUCUGCUCUGUUGCAGCUAGUUCAGUCUCCAAGUCCCAAGGGGAGACUGCUGAGCCUGGGAGUAAAAGCAGGAGAGUUGUUUUUGCCAAAUAAAUAAAUAAAUAAAUAAAUAAAAUAAAAUAAAAUAAAAAUAUAAAUAAAUAAAAACCACAGAAAGUCAGAGUCCAAAGGACCCUUGAAGAUCACUUGCUUCCUUAUGCAAAAGCUUGCACAAACAGAGGCCCUGGAGAGGGGAGUGACCUGCUCAGAGCCACUGCAGAGUCUCAAUGGGGACCAGGUCUCCCCAACUCCCACUUUAUGAUAUCCUUUUUCCUCUUGAUGAUGUCCUUUCAAAGUAAAUGAAGUGCCUUCUGUUGGGUUUAGUGCAGAGGGUGGCUGGGAAGGACAGGGAGGGACAGGCAAGCCAGCUGUGAACUGCCCAGUGUGAGCAUGGAUCUUGCCCCUCGCAGCCCAGCCUGGAAGACCCCAUAAGUGGUGACAUAUAUACCACACAGGCCAGGUCCCAGCCACAAGCUCAGGCUCAGGCUACUUUAAUUGGAGUUCUCAGGCACUGAAUCUACCAUUGAGCCUCUGACCCUGGUUAUCAUGAUCCCCUAUGUCGACUGGACCCUUGUUCUUGUGGAUUUGGGGGACGUGUCAGAGGAUGAGAAGGGGUAAGAAAGGAAGGAGAGAAGGAAAAAAGGAGGAGAGAUGGGAGGAUGUAUAGGUGGGGUCUUUUGCAGCCCUUCCCUGAAGGGAGACCCUCAUCUUUUACCUGAGCAGAUGUUCUUCUCAGAGGGCUCCCAGGAGGGAGAAGAGACAAGACAGAAGCUUGAUACUCACGUAUUUGUAGGGCAGGGGGAGUCAGGACCCUCAAGGCCCAUAGUAACCCCAAGAUUGCCUAUCCACCCCUCCCCAAAGCCUUUCCUUCCCAUCUGCUGCUGCUAAUGCUGUUGCUGCUGCUGCUGCUGCUACUACUGCUGCGCUUCAAAGCCCACCCUGGGGAGCUGGGCCAGGCAUAUCGUCCUCACCCCUUGGGCUUGAAGUGAGGGCUGCUUGGUGCCUCUUCUCCUGCUGGUACCCCUACCAGGGACCGGGCCUCCUUCCUCUUUGUGAUUUCUGCGUCUCCUGCCUUACCAGCCUGGCGUGCCCAGCCACACAGGGAACAGGAGAGAAGAGGACGGCGGCUGAGAAAGAGGGGAGAUAGCAAGAGAAGAGAGGGGUGAAUGGGCCUGGUGGGCUGUCUUAUUUAAAGUGGUUGUGUAUGAUUCUUAUACUAAUUUAUAUAAAGAUAUUAAGGCCUUUUGAGUUAAAAAACCUGUCCCCUUAACUGUUUGCUAUGUUUGUAAAGGUUGUUCCAUGUAAAUACGUCUUUAUAAUAAAGAGUUAAAAGCUGA